ACUUAGGGAAGAAGUUUGCUAGGUCUCACGGUUCAUUGGAAUUACGACCAAGUCUGUAACAGUUGGUAUCGGAGCACAAGAUUUGAAGGAAGAUGAAAGGUGGAAGUGAGUCUACCAACGUGACCAAGGGAGGCGAGAAGAAGACCAAGAUCUAGAGAUCUUGCUCAAGGGAGACCAUGGACGCUUUUGAAACAAGGCUAGCAAGGGGUGAAAUUGCCAUCGCCGACGGGGAGGAGAAUUUCGAGGAGAUGAGGCAAGGCAUGGAUGAGUUCUACUUAACCACCGCCAUUUCCAUUGUCGAGUCCCUUAUCCUGUUCAAGAAGCCUGAAAAAACAAAGCCAAAGGAUCAGGACAGAAAGGAAAAGAGUGGGGGAGAUCACGACCGAGGCAAAGAAACGAUCAAGAAGACGAAGGGAGCCAAGAAGUACAAGGUUGGAGAGAGACCUCCACUAAAAUGCUUCUUUUAUGAGUGUCCACAUAAGGCAAGGAAGUGCCUGAAAAAGGCAAAACUCUCGGCACUGAUGGAAGAAAUAGAGGAGCAAGAACGUGAAGAGGAGAGAGUAGGAUCCUUAUAACCCCUCAAUGCGAUCAAGGCAGAGGUGGAUAUGCCUUGUUUGUAGAAGCCAAGAAGGGCAUGUUUCUAUCUUAACUCCUAAUUUUUAGUUUCUUCUAGUUCUUUUCAGUUUUUUACAUACACUUCAUGAGCGUGAAGCUGUUUAAAGAUGAUUGGAGAAAUAAAUAAAUAGGAUUAACACACAUGGAGUACAUCAUAUUCCCAAACAUGGAUACGCGAAUACCAUAGACGGAAUCUUGGUGCACGUGUUCUUGACACCAGUGAUGAGUAUGAACAACUUCUCAAGCAUGAACAACCAAUUACGUUUAGUGGGGAAGUGAGUGCUUUUACAAUACUUGCAAUUAUUUGUGCAUGCAUUUGCAUUUGGAUGACUUGUGGCAGCACUUCAGUGCCCAAACCCUUUAGAGAGUAAUAAUUUGCUAUACCAUUAUAGAUUUUAUAGUAGUAUUUGUUGUUCACAAAAAGAAAUAAUGAUUUAAAACAAGAUAGGAUUGUGAAGGAUCUAUACAGAAAAGCUUCUAUAAGAGAUUCCUGUUAUGGAUUUAUUACCAAAAUUUGCAGUAAAAAUGUAGGAGCAGCUGACACUGUCUAGGGAGUAAAGUUUUCAAAUUGGAAAAAGCAUUUAGUCAGAUUGAACUUAUGCCAAUUCUGAGAUUUUUGUUUGUUUGCAGUUGUAGUUAAGUUUUUAGCUUUCCCUAUGCAAGCUCCAUAGUCCACAGAGAGGGACCGAUUCAUAGAUGUAUGAAAUUACGAAUAAUGGGAGAAUGUGUUG